AUGGCCUCCAUGACCAAAAUAGCAUCCUCGAACUUCCUUGUCUUCUCUCUUUUCUUCUUCCUUUGCAUACAAAACUCAGUCACUGCCUCUGGCAAUGUGACCGCAGUCUUUGCCUUUGGUGAUUCCACCGUUGAUUCUGGCAACAACAACCACUUCAACACUGUUUUUCGUGGUGACCACUUACCCUAUGGUCGUGACUUUCCUAAUCACGUGCCAACGGGGAGAUUCUCAAAUGGAAAAAUAGCAACCGAUUAUCUUACCCACAUGCUGGGUAUUAAGGAUGUUUUACCCGCAUAUCUUGACCCACUUGUCAGUGAUAGUGAUUUACUCACUGGGGUUAGUUUUGGUUCUGGUGGUUCUGGCUUGGAUAGCGAAACCGUGAACCUGGCUAAGGUUAUGAACAUGUCCUCACAGUUUGACUUGUUUGAAGAGGCUUUGCAGAGGAUAAGAGACGUUGCUGGAGAUGAAAGGGCUAAGAAUAUCGUCCACAAUGCUUUGUUUGUGAUCAGUAUUGGGACUAAUGAUGUGUUGUACAAUGCAUAUUUGUUCCCAGGAAGGAUGAUUCACUAUGGCUCUAUUUCGGCUUACCAAGAUUUUCUGCUCCAUAAUCUUCAUGAUUUUAUUCAGAGGCUGUACGGAGCAGGAGCUCGGCGGAUUUUGGUGGCGGGUCUUCCCCCAGUUGGUUGUUUGCCACUGCAAGUGACAGUAAGCAGUAUCUUACCUAGCCAACACUGGCUCCAGCGUGUGUGUAACGACGAACAAAACACAGAUUCUGAAGCCUACAAUAACAAGCUUCAAACCCAUAUCCAUUCACUCCAAGCCAGACUCCAUGGUGCUAAGGUUGCUUAUUUCGAUAUAUACAAGCCCAUUCUGGGUAUGGUCAAUAACCCAGGCAAAUAUGGUUUUGUGCAAACACUUCAAGGAUGCUGUGGGACAGGGCUUAUGGAGAUGGGUCCAGUGUGCAAUGCACUUGACCUAACUUGCCCCGAUUCGUCAAAGUUCCUCUUUUGGGAUGCUGUGCACCUUACACAAGCAGGAUACCACAUUCUUGUCGAGAGUGGUCGACAUAAUCUGCUUCCAUACCUUACUAAUUAG